AUAUAAGCAAUCUAUUCCUCCUCGUUACUUAUGAAGAGUUUUUACUUUCCAGUUAAUUGAAUAUGUCGAAUGGAAUUCUAAAUUUUGUGAUAGGGACGAUCUUGAUAUUCCAUCUAAGUGCAUAUUCUUGGGGCGUGAAGAUAUUAAAACCAGAUACAUGUGACAAGAAACACACCUGGUUCCUCCAUGGCAGGACAUACCAUUACCUGUUUACUGCCAUCUCUGACUCUGGAUUUGUCGGAGCUUCCGAGUCAAAAGCAGGAUUCAAGUACACGUGUAGGUUCAUUGUCGAUGUGCCAAGGAAAUGCGAAGGCUUAUUAAAGAUUGACCAUUGUGAUCUAUAUGAUAGACAGCCUGGUGCAGACGUACUGUACAAUAAGUCUGCAAAAUCUGACUCGUUCAGCAAACAAAUGUCAAAACAUUCGGUUUAUUUCCAAUACCACCUAGGGGAGGUGAAUAGGGAAGGAAUUGUGACGUCAGAGGUGGAGGACCCGGCUAUUCUCAACAUUAAGCGAGCUAUUCUGUCAUCUCUCCAGCUAAAGAUAAUGCCAGUGGACCAAUACGACAAAGAACCCCACCAACAGACUGACAUCUUUGGAGCUUGCCCAACUGACUACAAAGUUUCAGAGUCUGAUCCCGACGUCUUCUACACAGAAAGAAAUCUGAGGCUCUGUGAAAUGCCACAAAUUUAUAGUAGACCAUUGAAUAUUUUCUCAAUGAUCCAAAAGCCAUACGGUGGAUAUAAAAUUGGAAAAGUCUUGGAGGCUGUUUACCCGUUUUCAUCUACUGUUAAAUGUAAGCAUGAAGUUAAUAGAAGACAUCAACCGAAAAUGGUAAACUGUCUCCAGCAGCAAAUAUUUGAACCCACCGCCUACAAUGGAUCAGUGUAUGCUUCUUACAUGACCAACAUCAGCCAGUCACUGGAGCUGAAAGAAGUCGUCAAACUUAAUACUAGUUCUGUGAAUAGGAGAAUCCGUGGUAAAAAGUAUGUAGAUAUUUUGUUUGAGUUUGAGACUAAGAACCAAGCAGAGACAACUACAGAGAACAUUGACAAUGUGUUACACCAGCUUGUGGGUGGGAUGAAAAAUGAUAACAUGGAGAAUGUACCAGGUCUCUACCAUCAACUAGUUUAUACCAUGAAAAAUUCCAACAGUAAAACUUUGUUAGGUAUUAUGAAAGAUAUCUUGAAUUGCCAUGGCAACAACACUGUCAACUGUGAUUCCGUUUACCAGUACGCAGAGAAGGAUUAUUUUUUGGACGGACUGUUGUCCUGUGGAACACAUGAUUGUUUGGAGGUGUUCGCUGAUUGUUUAAAGAACGGACAAGUUUAUGAUCCAAUUAUAAGCUCACUGUUCUCAUACGAUCUCGCCAUCAACCAUAAACCCUCUCCAGAAAUCCUCUCUGUUUUAUUUGAUGUGUGCAAGAACAGUAGCAAGUUCGAGCAUUGGUUACCGUUAAGUAUCAUGGUUCAGAGGUUCUUGCAAGGGACUCAUACCCCG